AUGAAUUUUUGUGGAGGAAUUACCGAGUCUAAGGGCGCCGAAAACAGCCUUGAGAUCGAAACCCUUGCUCGAUUCGCUGUGGACGAACACAACAAGAAGCAGAAUGCACUGUUGGAGUUUGUGAAGGUAGUAAGUACAAAGGAGCAGGUAGUACAAGGUAAGAUGUAUUACAUUACACUUGAAGCAAAGGAUGGUGAUGAGAACAAAACUUAUGAAGCCAAGGUGUGGGUUAAGCCAUGGGAGGACUUCAAGGAAUUGCAGGAAUUAAAGCCUGUUGAUGCUGCAGCUUCUGCUUAACUUUUAUAUAUAUGGUGAGAGUGAUAUGAUACCACCGGUAGAUGUUGUUCUUGAAGGUAUCCAUCACUUCUUUAUUAAAUAAACGUAUAAUCGACAUUGUUUUGGUAAGCUACAAAUUAAAAUGAUGUAUUUCAUAAUUAAUAUAUGAUAAAUUUAAAUAAAGGUGAACUUGAUUCGAUGGAUUAUUGAUUACAAAAAUAUGUAUAUUUAAAUUUUAUUGGUCACACAGGAAUAAUGAUAUAUUAUAUUGUUUAGAGUUAUUUUGAGUUCUCUAUACUAUAAAUAUGUAAUAUCGAUACUUAAUAUUAACCUAAUGUGAUGAGGCAUAUCUUUAGGUAAUAGGAAAUUAUCACUACGGCAUAUUUUGAUUAUGAUCUUCGCUUCCUUGAUAUUCGCAUCCUUCAUUCGGUUUCUGGUUCUUGGCUGAACCAGUACACUAGAG